AUUGAAAGCGAUGAGACAUCUCAACAUCCAAAGCUUUCACUCAAACGGUAGAUCCAAUCGAGGCGAUUGAAAUUAGGUAAACUGUUAAUAAACGUUUUAGGAUUUGUAGCCUUCAAAUUGUUAGUAAGAAAGAUUCAGAAGAAGAUCUUCAAUUUCGUUGUUAUCAAUGGAAGACAACGCUUCGAAGUUAAAAGAUGAUGAGCGGCAAACGGUUGCCGAAGAGAAGGAACCAGAAGUUCUAACUGAAGAAUCAGAAGCUCAGUCGUCGAAGAAAUCCGGCGGCGGUUGGGGCGGCUGGGGUUUCACUGCUUUUUCUGUUUUGUCAGAUCUUCAGAAAGUCGCUGCUAAUGCUGCCGAAGAGAUCUCCCGCAAUGCUGCUGAGGUUGCAAAGAGCUUUCAAGAUGGUGAAGAAAUGUCCAAGGAUUCAGAGUCUUCCGAGGACGAUAAAGGUGAACCUGAUCUUAAAGAAGAGGAGAAGGAGAAAGAGGAAGAUGAUGAUGAGUUGCGUAAGGCUGCUUUGGACAAGCUGGGGAAUGCCAGUGAGGAUUCACUUCUUGGACAGGGUUUGAAGAUUCUUGAUGGUUCUGUGGAGAAUUUUGCUACAGGAGCAUGGCAAGCAUUGGGAAGUGUGUGGAGUGGGGGUUCUAAUAUUGUUCAAAAGAUUGAGCAUUCUGCAAUCAACCUGGCUGAUUCUAUCCAGCAUGGUGGAUUACCAGCAGCAGGGUCUGUUGCCCCUUCCAUUAUAGAGACUGGAAAAGCUUUCACUGCUAAGGGAAUGCAAGUGCUUGAACUUGUUGGCAAGGAGACCAUGGAUCUUCUGAUUGCAGAAACUGGUAUAGAAGUUGAGAAACAGAAGAUAACUGAACAGCAUCAGGAUGAGGAUCAGUUUUUGGAGGAAGUAACAUUUGAUAGGUGCUUUUAUAUUUAUGGAGGUCCUGAACAAUUGGAGGAACUGGAAGCAUUGUCCAACCACUAUGCUCUAUUGUUUAAUCGUAGAAAAGCGAAGCUGACAUCUGAUCAAAAGUCUUUUUAUGAUGGGAAGCUAAAACAUGUUCAACAAAUUUUUGGUCUAAACUCUGAAAUAGGGGGAAACGCUGAUCUUUUGGAGAAGGGAAAGAAUGUAGAGAUUAUCGCUGAGAGAGGUGCAGACGAGGUAAAGGAUUUGCAUGAUUCGAGUGUAGCAAGGGCUGCUGAAAUAGCUUCUGGCUUCACAAAUGCAAUAGCUGGUUUGGCAAAGAAUGACAUAAUCCCCAAAACUACUGGGAGAUUAGAUGCUCUUCAUUCCGAAGGAAUUCAUAGACUGUCAGAGAUAUGUAGUUAUGCAGUGUCACAGCUUCUGACACUUGGUAAAUCCAUCAUAUCGAAUUCGAGCAAUAUUCAGGAAGAAGAUGAUGGUAUAAAUACGUUAAACAUUGAGUGGCCUGAAGAUUCAGCUGAAAAGGCUAUGAUAGUUAGGACAAGGGCAAUACUAGCAACUAAAAAUGUGGAAUCAUUAUGCAGCAGUUUCAUCACAGGUAUAACAGAUGUGGCUGAAACAUACUUGGCAGCAUCGAAAGGUAGCGAAGAUCUCCCACAGAAACUGAUUCAGGACAAAGCCAAUACAUAUUCAGAGAACCUUCAAUCUGAUAAAACGACAGCUAUCGCAAAAAUUCAGGACGGUCUUCAGUACCUGUCUUAUGUAAUCGUCUCAACAGCAAUGCCAGCAGCAUCCUGAAGGCAGUUAGUUAAUCAUUUCAACAAAAAACUAUUACAAAAUCCGAAAGGGAUAAUAUAUCUAUAUGAUUUGUAAAUAGUUGAAAUUCUUAGUUAAUCUGGCUUCUUAUUCUGCCUGCUUUGUUUUACUUCCGUGAUGAAACUGAUAAUCUUAAAUCGGUUGCCUUGUCGACUGAUGGAUGUUAUUUUUCAUCUAACUUUGUGGAUUUUAAGCUGGUGAUUUCCCAUCGUUUUUUCAAGGGAAUCGAAUUACUGUU